AUGGGGAUGGGCAGCGACGCUGCCGCCGUGUUGUUCCCCUUCUCCACCGCCGCCACCACGUCGCCGCGGUUCUGCGGCACCGCCGUCAGCCACAGGAGGAUAUUUUCAGAUGUCGCUGAGGAUGUGGCGGUAUCGGUGGAUGGACAGUCGUUUCUGCUGCACAAGGUCGUUGUAUACUCCAUUUCAACACUUGUGUUUUCACAGCCAAGUUUCAUUUACUCUGCUUCCAUUCGAUAUGAAUCUGCCUUCAAUCAUCUGUACCUCAGCGUGGUUGUUUAG